CUGAAACACUGUGAGGUGUUCAAAGGUAGUGGACACCUGCGUCCAGCACUACACUCCCAGCAGUCAUGUCUCACUGGCUAAAUGACGGUGAGGUGCUGGUGGCGCAGGGCUCUGGUGAGACAGUACCAGUGAGCCCCAGAACGCGAGGCCUUCCACCUGGAAGCCCCAAGCCAGGACGGGGACGCAAUCCAUUAUCUUCACCCAGCGCCAGAGAGACAGUGCCAGGAAGCCCGCAGGUUGAGACCAUGGGCAAGGCCAAAGAGCUCUUUGUGCUGUGCGAUAAAGAGGGGAAAGGGUUCAUCACGAAGCGGGACAUGCAGAGGCUACAAGGGGAGUUGCCGCUGUCCCCUGAACAGCUGGAGACAGUGUUUGAGAGUCUGGACAGACAAAGCAAUGGAUUCCUGACUCCAGUUGAGUUCAACACAGGACUUGGAGGGUUGAUGGGACUGGAGGACACGACUGAGCUGGAUCAAGAAGAACAAGAACUUCAUACAGAGCAGGUUGACUGGAGUCAGGACCCUGCUGCAGUCAGAUUUGUCAACAUACUGAUGGAGCUUGGUGCCGAAAGACUCCUCAGAGAUCAGCAGGACCUUUGUUCUCUGUGGUGUGACCUCCAGAGAGAAAGACCAGAGCUUCUGAGUGUCCUGGAAGAUGUCUUGAUCCACGCUGUGUCCCAUUUACAGGACUCCGUCAGAGAGAGAGACAGUCUUGAACAAGCUUUACGCAGGCGGGAGAGUGAACAUGAUCAGGUUGUUCGUUCCAUAUAUGAAGAAAUGGAAACCCAAAUCCAAGAGCAUAGAGAGAAACUGCUGGUUCAGGACAGUGUCAGACACAAGCAGAAAGGGCAUCAACUUGAAGAGGAGCUGAAGAUAAAAGACCAAGAGCUGGAGAUUACAGUAUCGAAACAGAGAGAGCUGGAGACCAAAAUCAGGCAGCUGGGCUGUGAACGGGAAAACAUUAAGCAGCAAAACCAGCAGCUGCGGAACCUCAACAUGCAGCUUCAGGAGCAGGUGGAGAGCAGCAGAGAGCAGCUGCAGAACGCUCUGGGUCAGCUCAGCCUGCUGCAGCUGAAUGAGGCCCAGGAACAAGUGGACCGACAGAGAAGUGUGAUGAAGGUGUCAACAAACAUGCAGAAAGAGAAGGGCAGUCUCUUAAGACAACUGGAGAUAUUGAGGGAUAUGAACAAAAGGCUGCGAGACGACAAAGAUGCCCAGCACACUCAGAAGAGGAGUCCAAUCGUAAGACCACCUUUACUGAAGAAAGGCUCAAUAAUAGGUAACUACUUGCUGCAAGACAAUCUGCUGAAAAGACAGCUGAGCUCAUCCGAUGAGUUGGAGCAGGACAAAGACGAAGGGGUGACAAAUUCAUCUAAGAGACACCAACCGUCAUGUAUAGUCAGGGGUGACAGUGUUGAACAGAUGCAAACUCAGAGCAAAAUGAUCAGUCCUCAGCGAGUGUUCAAGCUGGUUUUCCUGGGAAACUCGGGGGUGGGUAAGACCUCCUUCAUCCAGCACUACUGCAAAGGACACCUCCAGAGUGAAAUGAGAGCUACUGUAGGUAUAGAUUUCCAGAUGAAGACUCUGACUCUGGGCUCUACCUCCAUUACCCUGCAGCUCUGGGACACUGCAGGACAGGAGAGGUUUCGCAGCAUCACUGAGCAGUACUACAGAAAGGCUGACGGCAUCCUGGCCAUGUAUGAUAUCACUGAGUCUGCCUCCUUCACCGCUAUCAGAGGAUGGAUAGACUCUGUGAAGGAGAAGAUGUGUGAUGGAGCUAUACUGAUGCUGCUGGCCAACAAGGUGGACCUAUCAGAAACUAGAAAAGUGUCGACAGUGGAGGGACAGAGACUAGCAGAGCAGCAUCAAGCUUUUUUUUACGAGUGUAGCGCAAAAACUGGAUGUAACAUGGAGGAGCUGAUGACAUCACUGGCUGGGAUGCUAGUUUCCCAGCAUGAUCGACAGUGUGAGGAUGCACUUUUACUGACAAAAGACCCUGUUCAAAGAAGCUGCUGCACAUAAAAAAAAAAGGAAAGGAAACUCCCUGUGAGCACCAUGGCCCUUUGGUUGUACAUGUGUUUGUUGGGACUGUUGGACAAAGUUUUGAGGAAUGUUGCUGAACACAAAAGAUUUCUACCCAGGUCCUGAGGUCUCAUACCUUUUAUUUUAAAUCAAAUUUUAUAUGAAAAUGUUUACAAGGCAGUAUCUGUAAUUUGCCAAUUCUGUAUUAACUCAAUAUUUCAAUAAAAUAUAUUUUUGAGGA